UGCCGGGAGACGGUGCGGCCGCUGGGGGCGGGAGCUGGCCGGCGGGCAGCGGCGGCCAUGGCACCCAAAAAGAAGGGGAAGAAGGGGAAAGCCAAAGGAACUCCAAUUGUCGAUGGGCUCGCCCCAGCAGACAUGAGCAAGGAACAGGUGGAGGAGCAUGUUGGUCGCAUCCGGGAGGAGCUGGACCGGGAGCGGGAGGAACGUAACUACUUCCAGCUAGAGAGGGACAAGAUCCACACAUUCUGGGAGAUCACACGAAGGCAGCUGGAGGAGAAGAAGGCUGAGCUGCGGAACAAAGACCGGGAGAUGGAGGAAGCUGAAGAAAGGCACCAGGUGGAGAUCAAGGUGUACAAGCAGAAAGUAAAGCACCUGCUCUAUGAGCACCAGAACAGCCUUACGGAGAUGAAGACCGAGGGCACCGUGGUCAUGAAGCUGGCCCAGAAGGAGCACCACACACAGGAGGCCCUGCUGCGAAAGGACAUGCGGGCACUGAAGGUGGAGCUCAAGGAGCAGGAGCUGUCCAACGAGGUGGUGGUGAAGAACCUGCGGCUGAAGCACACCGAGGAGAUCACUAAGAUGAGGAAUGACUUUGAGCGGCAAGUGAAAGAAAUUGAGGCCAAGUAUGAUAAGAAGAUGAAGAUGCUUCGGGAUGAGCUUGACCUGCGGAGAAAGACGGAAAUCCACGAGGUGGAGGAGAGGAAGAACGGCCAGAUCAGUGUGCUGAUGCAGCGCCAUGAGGAGGCCUUCACCGACAUCAAGAACUACUACAAUGACAUCACCCUCAACAAUCUGGCCCUCAUCAACUCCCUCAAGGAGCAGAUGGAGGACAUGCGCAAGAAGGAGGAGCACCUGGAGAGGGAGAUGAUGGAGGUGUCUCUACAGAACAAGCGCCUGGUGGAGCCUCUGCAGAAGGCGCGGGAGGAGAUGAGCGAGAUGCAGAAGAAGCUUGCAACCUACCAGAGGGACAAGCAGAUCCUGUUUUGCACCAAAGCACGUUUGAAAGUCACUGAGAAGGACCUGAAGGGGCUGCAGUGGGAGCACGAGGUGCUGGAGCAGCGCUUCAUCAAGGUGCAGCAGGAACGGGAUGAUCUGUACCGGAAAUUCACUGCAGCCAUCCUGGAGGUGCAGCAGAAGGUGGGCUUCAAGAACCUGGUUCUGGAGCGUAAACUCCAGGCACUCAGCGCUACCGUAGAGAAGAAGGAGGUGCAGCUCAAUGAGGUGCUGGCUGCCUCCAACAUGGACCCUGGAGCCCUGACUCUCGUGUCCCGGAAACUGGAGGACGUGCUGGAUUCAAAGAACAACACCAUCAAGGACUUGCAGUACGAGCUGGCCCGCGUCUGCAAGGCCCACAACGACCUGCUGCGCACCUAUGAGGCGAAGCUCCUGGCCUUUGGGAUCCCCCUGGACAACGUGGGCUUCAAGCCUUUAGAGACUGCUGUUGUGGGGCAGAUACUGGGUCAGGGCCCUGCGGGGCUAGUGGGCACCCCGACGUAA